UGGUCGGAACCGAGGUAUCACAGCCGAAGGCGGCCCUGGUGACAGUUUGUAAUGUCUGUGUCUGUCUCUACCCUCCCUCUAAGCAAUGGAGUACUGUCCCCGAUGAUAAAGAAAACGCGAGUUUCAGGUCCCGAAACGAUCGAUGCAGCACGAGUGCACAGCAUGUGCUUGCGUUUGUUUCUGCAGCUCUUCCGUAAGGACCUGAUCAGCGCGAUGAAGCUCGGUGACAGCGAGCAGCUGCCGCCGCACAGCUAUCUGAUGAUCAGCGACUCCUGGCGGCAGGAAUGGGAACGCGGCGUGCAGAUUCCAGUCAAUCCAGACGAGCUACCGCAACCCGCUGCCAGGCUCGUGACGACAGCACUGACACAGCGGUGCGACUUCCGGCUACCAAAGAAGCUUCUGCGCGCUGCAAAUGGCGGCGACGACGACGCGGCGACCUAUGGCGGCGGCACGCACGUCUCUCACACGCUGGACGAGCGCGCGGAACGCACGUGUCGCUACGAUCUCGAUGACAUCGAUCUCUUCUGGCUCGACCGCGUCAACGACGAUCGCAGAGCCAGCGGUGGUAACCCUAUUGUUGAGGCACCGAUGGAACAAAUAAUAGAAGAACUUGAAGUGCAGUCACACAUGAGCUUAGAGAGGGCGAUGCGAUAUGAGGAAGGCCUUGGAAUUGAAUACGAUGAUGACACUAUAUGUACUGUCUGCCGAUCACCCGACUAUGAGGAAGGCAAUGAGAUGGUAUUCUGCGAUGGAUGUGACAUUGCUGUGCAUCAGGCUUGCUACGGAAUCCAGGUGAUCCCACCAGGAGACUGGUUGUGCCGGUGCUGUGCUCUCGGCAUCCGUCCGCAGUGCAUGUUCUGUCCUCAGCGCGGCGGAGCAAUGAAACCCACAAAGAGCGGUACUAAGUGGGCUCAUGUCAGCUGUGCGCUCUGGAUUCCGGAGGUGCGCAUCGGCUCGCCGGAGCUGAUGGAGCCGAUCACGGACAUCGCCGCUAUACCGGCGAGUCGCUGGGACCUCGUGUGCUGUGUGUGCCAGGAAAAGGUUGGAGCAUGUAUACAGUGCACGGUAAAGUCAUGUAAGAAGGCAUUCCACGUAACAUGUGGCUUCACUGCUAAUCUACGUAUGGAGCAGAAACUAUCCGAUGAACCGGGAGAGCAAGGAUCAACUUACUGGUGCGGCUGGGCUGGAUACUGCGCACGUCACGUCAUCACGCCGAGGAAGAAACAAGACUCAGCCAAGCGGUCGCCGACGAAGAAGGAGACUGCUAACGAACGCAACGCUAGGAUCUACCGUGUGCAGCAGGAAUUCUACAAGAACACGAGCAUUCGAUCAAUCGCUAGCAACUUGCAGGCGGACGAUGCUGACGUGGAUCUCAUCUGUCAGUACUGGAAGCUGAAGAGAACGAGCGAAUUCACCCGACCCUUGCUAACGCCGAAGAAGUAUGAGGAAGACCUGCUUCUGAAGCAGGAAGAAGACAGCUUAUGUGAACGUCUCAAGAUGCUCAUUUACGUACGACAAGACCUAGAAAGGGUGCGCAAUCUCUGCUACAUGGUCGAGCGGCGUGAGAAACUGAAGCGCAACUGGUACCGCAUGCGCGAGGACGUCUUCCUCAUGCAGCAGGGCGCGCUGACGCGCUUCAACCGGCUCUCCGAGUUCACGAUCAAGCUGCUGGUGGCGGCGAGUCACGACCGCAGCAUCUACGACCGCGCGCUCCUCGUCGGUCGCGGCGCGCCGACCUCCUACAAGUCCUGGCAGCACACGUGCGGGCGUAAACCUGGUGCUGCGGGGACGACGAAGACGCCAGGGCGGCGCGGUCGACCCAGGACGGCAUCGCCGCAGCUGUGCCGGCGUCCGAUCAAACCGGAGGAGCUUCCGCCCAGCGAUAACGCCUCGUCCACCGAGACGCCGCGGGUCGACGACCUUGAGACGGGGCGGAGUGUCGACGAGACGCCGGGUGUCGGGGACGCGCAGCGAUCGUGCGACGAUGCGGAGCCGCAUCCGGCGCGAAACGGCGCGAAACGGCGGACUAGCUUCACGAAGGGACGCCGGCGCAAAUACCAAAGAAGGGCGCGGCGUCGCGUGCAAUCAGCAGACGAUGCGUCGGUCGAUGUCGAUGCAGUGAGGAGCGAUCUGGCGCCGUCGGAGCCGCCCGGAGCCGGAGAACACGUCAUCAGGGAGUCGCGUAGUACGAGAUCUUUGAUUAACUUUCAGCGGAACAAUCCCGACCAGUCCGUCGAUGAAUCUCCGAGCAAGACGGCUGUGCGGGCGAACAACAAGAGGUUUCACGCGGCUGAUUUCGACGAGGAGGCGGUAUCGAGACUUGGCGUCGGUGUCCGGGAAUUAGACGCUGCUUCGCGGUCCAGCGAUGGAGAUACGCGAUGCGGGCCGGGCGAUUUCGCUCUGGAUACUGUCGAACACGAUCACGGCUCAAGGCAGAGGGCGCUGCCGUCCCGGCAUUCCCGUCGCGGUCUCCCCGAGAUGCGAAAUGAGCCGACGACGACUGUGGCAGUGAGAGGAUGCCGAGCCAACACGCUGGCUGCCGCGCGAGCGCGAUACUGCUGCGUCCCGCCAGGGGGCGCCGUCCCCGGGCCGGCGGGAGGCGCCCACCUGCGUGCCAGUUCCACGAACCAGAGGAAGCAACGGGGGAUACUGGACGAAGGGCGCGGCGAUUCUACGUCUGCAUGCACAAGCACAGAUGGUCAACGGUUGCCUGCGGAGGACGCCGCGCCGUCGGUCGUAGUCAUGGCGACGAAGCGGUUGGUCGGGCGACCGAGCAGGCGGCAUCUCAUUGCCAGGCCUGUCAGUGUAGAUGCACAACCGCGGCGGAGGAGAGGCUGCAACGACCAACUCGUCCCGCGCGCGAAGCGGCGACGACUGGACGGGAAUGCUAACCCGGCCGUCGUGACUCGAGGGAGCACGGGUCGCUUAAAGGAAGAGGCGGCAGCAGGCGGCGGAGGGAGCAGACCCAACAUGGUGGCAACCUUGAAAAAGACGACCGGCAAAUCGCGAAGGGACGCCGAGCAAAAGACGUCCCCGCGGCAGACAGCGCCACCUGGUGAGCUCGUGAACCACGCGCGAGUGCUUGCUACUGCCAGCGUUCGCCGCUCGCCGCGCAUCCACCUCGUGAGUGUCGACGUGCGUGACGCCGGCGCCCUCAACGGCCCAACGCCGCACGUGCGCCGCUUGUUUCUCGACGACACGUCCAAGCGGCGGGACCUCGGUAAGCGAGACUCGACUGUGAUAGCCGCCGGUGGCGGCAACCCGUCAACCAGACGUGCGUACUCGCUGCGUGCGGGUGUUAGUCAGAGCGGCAGCGGUGCGGCGGGGACGAGCUACGACGCCGCCACGGCCGAGCGAGGGAGCGUGCACGGCGGCAAGGAUGGCCGCACUUCCUCCUCCAGAGACACACAGCUCACAGACUCUCCUGCGACCACAGACGAACAAGAAGAAUCGCCGCCUGACGCGACGAGGGAGGAGGCGGCCGGCGAGCAGGCGCCCCCUGGCGGUGGAACCCCGAGCGCCGCGGCGCACGGCGGGGAGGGCGGCGCGCGCCAGGACGACGACCGUUAG